UUUAACGUGUCAAACAAAGACUUUAAAGCUGGAUUUAAAAUAAAAGGACCCGGCGCGGGUGGAUCUGGCGUAUCAGUAUCAACACAGGCGGACAUAGCACAUUCGGCGAAAGGCUACGAAUCAGAGGAUGAAAACGCGGGCAGAAAGCGGCAGAAGGCCAGUGACGACCGGCCAACCAGCAAGACCACGAUGUACUCCAAACAGGAGUUCCGAGAGCAAUAUUGCAUCAACAACAAACAACUGGAUCUGCUGGAACUGGAGAAGUCCAAGAAGGAUCGAUUCCUCGGGUGCCUGUCACAGUACCACAUCGAGAGCCCGUGCUCAAGAAGCAACAGAGCAUCGUUUUUAUCCGUGUGUGUCCGUCGUCGAGUGCCCUCAGAUGAGAAUCUCAACACCGACUAUGCGCCCAUACAGAGGUACCCUAGGUUUGGUCAACCCAGUCCAGCUCCGCCCGAGGUGUGCGCAUAUGACGCCGACCUGGAGUGCUCAUACUUUCGCAGAAGGCCCCGGUCGGUGUGCAGCCAACCUGACCCCAAACGGUACACCUGGAUGCCAGAGGAUGAAGACUUCACCCGCAUGGAGUGGCCACAAUCGGUAAUAGAAGAUAACGCGGGUUGGCCGCAAAGUUACAAUGUCGACCAAAUCGCGUCAGUGAGCCGAGGAGGCUCUCUACCUAGACCCCCUUCGAUAAUUCCCUGUCCCGCCCACACUCCGAUACCUCCGCCACCCCCACCACCGCCUCUCACCAUACCACCGCACAGAACAAAACACGUAUCGUUUGCUCGCUCGCACACGUUGACCACAUUUGACGACUCGGUCAUGCCGGCUGCUGUUACUGGACCUCGAUUUAGGAGGGACUGUGAAAGACUUAUUGACGGACGUCCAGAAAACAAGCCGUACGCCACGCUGCCGGUCAUGUUCCAGCCGUUUCCGCCAUAUCCUCAAUACAUAGCGCAGCCACCGGCGCCGAUACACUAUCCACCGCCCAUAACCCCAAUGGUCCAUAGUGCUCAUACAGGGGUCCCUGUACAACGGCCGACACUGAUUGACGGGCCCAAAGUUGUUGUAUUAGAUACAAUUAAGAAAGGAGUAAUGCGGACUCAAGCUACCCAGACUGAAGCAUGUUUAGGAAGGAAACCACAUCCGCCAAAUUAUUUAUCGUUGAGUCCCAGAACAAUAAAAAGGGUAAAAAUGGUCGCAGCAGGUGUUCAAACUAAUGGAUAUACAGUGGGUGUAAGAAGAUUAACGAAAUCAUUUUCAGAAGUCGGUGGCGACCGAUUAGCAGGUCGGGACGACCAAAUAGAUGUUACCGCAUCAGUUGAAAGUAUUAUUGGUACGGAGCAUGAAAAACUUCAUAGAACCCAAUCAGAAGAGCCCCCUAGGUCGCCACGAUCACCCACAUCAGUAAUGCCGACAUCUCCACUCAUGCAACGAGGAGAAUCUGACGACAUAACGUCAUCUUCCAUAAAAUCAAUAGCAUCUUCACAAGUAGAUAAAUCAUCAGAACUUAGUGCAUUACAACGGCAAGCCCAAGAGUACUUCCAACAAAACUUCCAAUUCAUUCAUGAAAGCGAUAGAGAUGAUACCAUUGAGGAUGACAUAGAAACAAUUGAGAAAAGCAUGGCAUUAAAUCGUAGAAACCUAGAGUAUUUACAGCAAGAAAUAGCUAAACAGGCUAAGAAUGAAAGAUCGCUUAGAUCAAUUCUAUCAAAAAGUACUAGCGAUGCUUCACAAAAAACAAUUAACUCUUCACAUGGUCUAUCAAAAACUUCUACUUUCCAAUCGGAACCUUCAACUGAAACCUCUGCAACUACAACUGAUGAUAGUGAAAAGAAUGAAAAAGAAAUAAUAAUUGACUUUGAACCUAGACCGGAUGAUGAAGCUAUACCAUUUACAACCUUACGUAGAAAAAACAAAAGAAUGCUACAAAAAACUCUAUCCGAAGGGGAAAUAUUAUUGGAUGCAAGAAAAAAUGAAAUUAGUGGUAUGACGGAUGGAGUAAAAGACGCUCCUAUAGUUAUGUCUACAAGUCAAGAAAAUAUGACAAAAGAAGAUCGGGAACGAGAAGCUGUAUACAAACAGUACAUUACACAAAAUUAUAGCCAAACUCCUAUAAAAGAUGAAGGUAUUUUUGGAUUUGAACCUGACGGUUCCUUCAGUUCUUCCGACGGGAAUGCACCAUACGAAGACUUUCAUGAAAAAUACAUUAGUUACAAGCAUGAGCCAUUUAGAAUUCGCAGUGUAAGUUUUGAGGAGAAAACUGAACCAGUUGAUAAGGAAGAAAUUCCUUUAGAAAGUACCGCCAAAUCUAGUCCCGCAUCACCUGAUCCUGUUAACUGUGAUGUGGUAACUAAACCAAAACCAAAACGAGCAGUCAUUACCAACAAUGUCACAACAAUACUUGCACCUCUUGAGAACAUAUCAUCACCAUGUGCUUCAAAUGAGUCACUAACUGUAGAUCAAAGCAGAGAUCAUUCUGAUGGACUGUGGAAUGAGUCUCAAACAACUGUUUUACAAGUAGAUUCUGGUACUGACAAUGGAACAGUUAUAAGUUCUUCCGAUUUAAGUUCCCUCGCUACUUCACCAGGAGCUCUAGCUUUGUUAACCCCUACUUCAAGAAGGAAACAACUUUUGUUAUUACAACAUCAGCAACGGUCUUCGUUAGAUACUGAUGCCUUAGAUGAAGAAUUUGAUGUUUCACAGAGUCAGUCACCUACUUCUCCGCGAAACAAGUUAGAUACUUCCAGUUCGAGUUCUAUUCAACAAACGAGAUCUUCACUAUCUCCACCAGCAGUGGUUCCUAAUAUUUCUUUACCUAUUACUAAACAACCAACUAUAUCUAAAAUAUUGUCACCAACAGCACCACUUAAAGCAAAUCACACACCAGCUAUCGCUAUAACACAUCCGAGCUUAGAUUUAUCCGAUGUACCAUUUAAAAGGACUCCUAGUUUUAUAAAUAAAAAACGAGAAAGAGCAUUAAGCCCAUCCAGGAGGCAGGAAUUGCAAAGAAAAGCACAGCAAAAGGAACCUAAUGGGACUAUUCCGAAUCAAAUAGUAGAAUCUCCUUCUGAACCAUCUUUAACUAAAGCAAUUAGUAGUGAGACAAGCCUAAACAGGACGGAUUCAGGUAAAUUAAAUACUACUGAUGUAUCAGAAAGCACUACUACGACGGAGGAUUAUGUUACUGCAAAUUCUGACAGUUCUAAAAAAAGUAAUAGCAAAAAUCAAAAUAACAAUUCAGAAAAUAAUAACAAAGCUCAAGAAGGAUCAUCUUUUGAAAGUGCAUCAAGCCUUUACUCGUCUACAAAAACUGACAAUGUAGCUGAAGACUUGAUUUUACCAAGUUUUUCCCCGCCAUUAGAAAUUUCUGAUGAUUUCAUUGUACCUAAUUUAACAUCCCCUCCUCUGCCACUGCCAGAUAGAAUAAGAAAACCAUGUGUCGAAAGAUUUGAGGUUAAAGUAGAUAUCACACCAAUACCAGAAAAUCAUAGAAGACAUAAGACUGAAAUAAUGAAACGAAAAGAUGAAGUUCCAGUAAAAAUAAAUACAAGGACACGUGAUGGUAUAAGUGGUAAAAGCAGCUCAAGUGGAAGCUAUAGUAUAGGAGGAUCAAAUCCUAAUAUGGCAGAAAGUACUACCGAUAGAGUUUAUAUUGAAAAGAUUAAAGAAAUACCUGAAAAGUUAGAGAAACCCGAAACAAGUGCACAAAAGAAAAUAACCGAACAAAAAGAACAAUUAGUACCAAAGAUGGUGGGUUCUUUGUCAGAUGAUGAAAGAAGUGUUCACUAUUCGUCUUCUGGUUACUACGAAAGUCCUUUAGACGACGAAGAUGAUGGAGGUUUAACAUAUAAGCAUUCACAGAAAUAUAGGUCGACAAGUAGACCUAAAUCUUGGGUUUCAGAAGACAAAAGACGGAAAAAGAAGGCUUUUACCUUAGAAUUUUCGAAAUCUUAUGAUGAUUCCAUUUCAACAUCACAAGAUGAUUGGGGCAAAAGCCAUAAAGAACCUGAGUCACUUAACCAUCGUUCAGAACGUAGUGUUUUUAAAAAUUCUAAUUCAAAAUCACCAUUAGAAGAUAAACCUCCUGAACUGCGAAAAAAGAAAACACAUUUUGUUGAAAAAACUAAAAGUGUGCAGUCUUCACCAAGAGAAACGAUAGAUAUAGAAAAAGCAAUUAAAGAAAAGUCGUUAAAAGAAAAGGAAAAUGAUAAUAAAAGGCCUGUUGAGCGGGAAAGGUAUGUAAAAAGAACGAAAUUAAAAGCCAAAAGUCCUACGCAAAAUAAAGCAAUAGAUGGUAACUACAGACCAUCACACUAUGAUAGACGAGAAGCUUUGGGAUCCAAUGUUAAAUUACAUUUAAACAUUCCAACGUCAGAUGAUUCUAGUGAACAAUACAGAAAAGAAGGCAUCGGUAAUGGUAAUAUAUCUCCCAGGAAACAUAGACGAUUAAGAGAUAGUCCACGGAGAAAAACAGGAAAUAAUUCUAAUUCUGCCAAGUCACCGACAUCUAACAAUCAUUCAGGAUACAGACCUCGUCGAAAAAGUGGAUCAAAUGAAAGCAUAUCACUACCUGGAAGCCUUCCUAGGAGAAAACAGUCAAUACCAAUGAUUCCCUGUUUGAGUUCUCUCGAAGCAGAAGACAUAGAAACUGCAAGAACCCUUACUAUUGCGGGCGCGCGUUUAACUCCAUUGCGCUAUGUAAAAAAUCCAAUACCGUCACCCAGACACCAAAAACAAGAUAAAGACGGAAAGUUUGCAAAGGCAGCCUCAGCAGAAUCACUACGUUCAGUUUCACCAGGAUCAGAUUCCGUAUUCUAUUCAGAACACACGGAGCACGAUUUGGCUGUUGGAGAUUGCGAAGCUAAGGCGCAUUGCUUACAUUGCGGCAAGGAAGUACACAUCGUUACGGCAACACAUGACCACGACAGCAGAGCUUCCCGGACAUCCCAUACUGAUGAAUCCUAUGCAGAUGCAACAGCAGAAAUAGUUCCUGCACCGGCAGGAUUCGCAGAUUCGCCAUCUUGUGGAAUGGCUAAGAAACAAACAAGCGGCACACGAUUAUACAAAAAACUUGACAAACGAUAUCGCUCUGAAGAUAAGACAAGACAUCAUUAUCGCCAACGACAGGAUGUUCGAGCAAAGUCAGAAGAAAGAGGAAAAGAAGAGUAUUCUGGCAUAGAAAAACCUCAAGACACACGAAUAGCGCGAUCUGCUGGAAACAGUCUUGAUAAACUCGCUGAUCCAAAUGCAAGCGUAGAUCCAGAUGAACAUGAAGAAUGCUCCGCCAGUUCGGAAGGAGCAGACGAAGAAAAAGGUGUGUACGCGGCUCCAUGGUGGUGUGGAAAUUGGAUACUUUUAUCUGAAAAUGAUGAUAGCUGGACGAGAAUACCACCGGAUGUGAUAGACUCGACUGACUCCGAGAAGGAAGAUCCUACAGAAUCUGAAACGGAGUUCAACAAACGCUAUGCAGCGUUGACACACCGGCUUGUGCAUCGACGAGCUUGCGUAGAGCUCAAUAAGCGACAAGCGGCUAGCACUUUUGUAAGUCGUGGAUUAAAUAUUCCCAAUGGGAACAUAAGGCAAAAAUUAGAAGAAAUAUUUAAAUUGAUGCUGGUGUUAUGGUGUCGACAAAGUCAAGCUAAUAGGCUUAUAGCUACGGAUCCGUGUGAAAGUGACAAAACAGUGAUCGUGAGACGUGGCAAUGAAGAGUUUGGGUUCAGAAUACACGGGAGCAAACCAGUCGUGGUGUCAGCGAUCGAACCUGAUACGCCAGCUGAAUCUUCGGGCCUUGAAGUCGGAGAUAUCAUAAUAGCUGUCAAUGGAAUUAACGUAGUAGAUAAAACACAUUCGGAGGUUGUUAAGAUAGCACAUUCUGGAUCUGAGUUACUAGAAUUAGAUGUUGCAAGAACAUGUGAGGCUGUAGCUUCACUAGCACAUGAAGGUGGACCGGUGGCUUUGUACUCGGGAUAUUUAUGGCGGGCAGCACCAAUAAAACCUCACCAUCCUCUACGUUGGACGAGAAGAUGGUUCGUCCUGAAGAGAGACAACUGCCUCUACUAUUACAAAACUGAUUCGAGUGUACAUCCAGUUGGUGCACUCAUGCUAGUUAACUAUCAACUCACCGAGGAAGAUUGUGGUAGGCAGCACGGUUUUCGACUGCAGCGCGGUGGUGGUACAAGACUGCAACUUGCCGCCGAUAACGCCGAAGCUGCCGCUAGAUGGCGUGCUGUGUUAGCGCACGCGAUUGAUGCAAGCAAUCAGAGAGAUGGCUGGCUGGAAGUGACCAUAAGGAAUAUGAAAUUACCACCAUCGUCGAUACCUCGACCCGAUUGUUUUGGGUACCUAAUGAAAUUGGGAUCAAAAUGGAAAUCUUGGGCCAAACGAUAUUGCGUGCUUAAAGACGCUUGCUUGUAUUUUUACAAUGACGGCAAUAGCAAAAAUGCUUUUGGAAUGGCAUGUCUCCACGGAUAUAGAAUCCAAGCUUGCUCUUCGAGUGGAAAGAAAUACGCCUUCGAGGUUAUGCCUACUGAAACAAAACAAAGACAUUUCUACUUUCACACUGAAUCCGAGAUGGAUAGAAAACGGUGGAUGGCAGCUUUGGAAUAUUCAAUAGAUCGAUGGAUGAAGGCCGGUUGACCAGAACCAUUUAAAUCAGAUUCAUUCGAAUUUGUAUAAAAUGCUAUGCCAACAAUAUA